AUGGCCAACUGUGGCUUUGGAUUUUGUACUUCGGCCAUUGAAAAUCCGAACGAUAUAUUUCUCAGAAAAUGUCGACAAGUUUUGGAGAACACAACAAAACCGAAUAUAUAUUUUCUCCUUGGCUUUCUCUUUCCUAGUAUGGACAAAUUCCUCGUUCGGGUGGCGGCUCUACGAGAUCGGAUCUUCGGCAACCCGGUCUUUUGGCUAGAAAAACAAUUCGAGGAGAUCGUGAAGCUACGAAAGGAAUGUAAAAUGGGCGAUCAUCAAGAUUUGCUAAAUAUGAUGAUUGAAGCAAACCAAAAGACAUAUAGUUCUGACGACAUCAUGACAGACUCGAAGACUUCAAGAUCGAAAUUCAAGUAUCAGAAACUCACGGCAUUGGAGUUACGCUCACAAUGUUUCCUCUUUCUCAUGGCUGGUUACGAGACAACAGCCACAACACUUAUCUAUUUGAUCUAUGAACUGGCUUGUAACCAGGACAUCCAGACACGUCUUUACGAAGAAAUUAUUCAACAUUUUCCGAAUGAAGUAAGUACGUCUUAUGAGAAAUGA